GGCUACUGGGUGACUUCCCGUGGGCUAAAUAAUCUGGAUUAUCAUAAACCGGAGCUCGAAAACAAAUUUGAAAAUGAGUCUGUAGGAUAAUCUGUAAAAAAUACUAAACCGCAGACCAAUAGAUAAUACGGAAUAUUGACUGCAUCCACCACUAUGGAUUCAGAUGACUUGAUAAUUCAAUCUCUAAAGAACGGAGCAGAGUUGCAACAGCAAGAAGAUGACGACAAAGAAGCUGCGCUGGCUAUUGCUGCCACCAUCCUAGUUGGUGUUGAGCUCGCGCGCCAAGAUCGUAUCGAAAAUCGGCAGCCACGACGUCUAUAUCUCUGCCGUCCGCAGCUCCUUCCAAACCCACGGAAAGAUACCCCAUGGCAGGUCCUGUUUGCCACCCAGAACAAUCGUGCAUUUAUCACAACAAUGGGGCUUGAUGUCGAGACAUUAUGAGGGAUGUUUGGAGUGCAGGAACGGUAGUAGUAUCGAACGGCGCCAGACAACAGAGUCUGCGCACAU